UGAGGCUGCUUUUGGCGCCAUAGGCACCCGGGAAUGGGAGAUUCCAAAAAGUUGCAGAAUUUCAUCUUCCAGACGAAGCCAGGAGAUGAAGGAAACUAGCUCAGAGAGAGAGAGAGAGAUGGGCAAACAUAAGCUAGAACCCCCAGCCUCUAAUUUCUUUGCCCCUGAUGCUUCACAUUCUGAGGUUCUGGGUGCAUCGGACUCGCUUUCGCUUCCUUCUGAGCCUCCCGACAUUAGAAAUUGGUUCUCAAGCUACGUGUACCAGUCUCCGGAAUUGAAUACGAGCGAUGAUUUUGAAGCCCAUGUUCUUAGGGGAACUGAUUGUGUUGAAAAGAGUUUGAUGGAGAAGAGAAGACCAAGCAGAAAGAAGAAAAUUUGGGGGAAUUCGGGGCAAAUAGAACCAAGGAUGAAAUGUUUAUUGGGGAGGGAGAAGCUUCAAAUUGUUUUUCGAAAUCUAACGAUGCUGCUGAAGAUCAUAAUCAUGGAAACAAGAACGCAAAUCAGGUUCCAGGUUCUUCAGAUUUCCUUUCACUUGGUUCAGAACCUCCACAUAUUACAAGAUGGUUUUCAAGCUACGUGUAUGAAUCUUCCCUACUGGAUACAAGUGAUCAUUACGGAGGUUCUAAAUGUAUAGAAAGUGAAUUUAAGAGAGUGAUGCAUAAUUCUGAUAACUGCAGCAAAACAAAUGGAGAAGAUGAUAAGAGGGAUUUAUUGGCUACAGACGAGAAAUUAUCUUCUAAUGGCCUGGUUGAAUGUAACAGUUCAGAUAGAGAUAA